AUGUUGUGGCUCAACCGACCAAUUCAAUGCCUCGCCAGGACAAGUCGAAGCCAUCGCACCUACCACAGGGCCUUACCUGCGCAUCGGGGUUUCCAGAAACCCAUCACUUUCCCGGUGCAGCGAGGUGAAACAUCUCUGGUCCUGGUGGAUGAGGCGCGCCGAUUCAUACAGGAUUGUUUGCUUCGGAUGAAUGUGCCUACAAGUAAGUUGCGUUCCAUUAGCGAGUUCUUGGUGGUGGCCGAUUAUCGCGGAAACUUCGGAAACGGCCUGAAUCGCUUGGAUGGCUAUCUGAGUGACCUGCAAAUGGGCCAUGCCAGGGCGGACGCCGAGCCAAGCGUCAUUAACGAAACAGCCGCCACAGCCCACGUGGACGGCAACUCCGCUUUGGGCGUCAUUGUGGGGGAUUUCUGCAUGGAUCUGGCUGUUCAGAAAGCCCAGAAAGCGGGCAUAGGAUUCGUGGUAGCCAAGAAGUCGCAUCACUUUGGAAUGGCUAGUUGGUAUGCUUUCCGGGCGGCGGUUCGUGGCUUCGCCGGCCUGGUAAUACUGAAACGGAAGUCGCUGGCGGUGAAGAAGCAGGAACUACAGGCCAAGAACGAGGCGGCCAACGCGUAGCUCAAGCAGAUGUUCCAGGACCAGCAAGAGGCCGAGAAGAAGAAGAUCUAGUCGCAGGAGAUCCAGAUCCGGCUGGCCGACCAAACAGUCAAGAUCGAGGAGAAGCGCAAAUAUGUGAUGGCCGACCUGGCUCAGGUGGAGCCGGCUGUCAUCGAAGCCCAGCAAGCGGUCAAGUCGAUACGCAAGCAACAGCUCGUUGAGGUGCGAACCAUGGCUAAUCCACCGUCGGUGGUCAAGUUGGCCCUGGAAUCGAUCUGCCUGCUGCUGGGCGAGAAUGCGACCGAUUGGAAAUCGAUCCGGGCCGUGAUCAUGCGCGAAAAUUUCAUAAAUUCAAUUGUAUCUAACUUCGGUACCGAGAACAUAACCGAUGAGGUGCGCGAGAAGAUGAAGUCCAAGUACCUCAGCAACCCAGACUACAACUUCGAGAAGGUCAACCGUGCCAGUAUGGCGUGCGGACCCAUGGUUAAAUGGGCCAUAGCUCAGAUUGAGUAUGCCGACAUGCUGAAGCGCGUCGAGCCCUUGCGCGAGGAGUUGCGCUCGCUGGAGGAGCAGGCCGACGUUAACCUGGCCAGCGCCAAGGAGACCAAGGACCUGGUGGAGCAGCUGGAGCGCAGCAUCGCUGCCUACAAGGAGGAGUACGCUCAGUUGAUUUCCCAGGCCCAGGCCAUCAAAACGGAUCUGGAGAACGUCCAGGCCAAGGUGGACCGCUCGAUCGCUUUGCUCAAGAGCCUCAACAUUGAGCGAGAGCGUUGGGAGUCUACCAGCGAGACGUUCAAGUCUCAGAUGUCCACGAUUGUGGGCGACGUGCUGCUGUCCGCAGCCUUCAUAGCCUACGGUGGCUACUUCGACCAGCACUAUCGGUUGAAUCUGUUCACCACCUGGUCGCAGCAUCUCCAGGCGGCCAGCAUCCAAUACCGGGCAGACAUCGCACGCACCGAGUAUCUGUCCAAUCCCGACGAGCGUCUCAGGUGGCAGGCCAACGCCCUGCCCACGGACGACUUGUGCACGGAGAACGCCAUCAUGCUGAAGCGCUUCAACCGCUACCCUCUGAUCAUCGAUCCCUCGGGUCAGGCCACUACCUUCCUGCUCAACGAAUAUGCCGGAAAGAAAAUCACGAAGACGUCCUUCCUGGACGAAUCUUUCCGCAAGAAUCUGGAGUCCGCGCUCCGCUUCGGUAAUCCUCUGCUGGUGCAAGACGUGGAGAACUAUGACCCUAUUCUGAAUCCCGUGCUCAAUCGCGAACUGCGUCGCACGGGUGGUCGAGUGCUGAUCACUCUAGGUGACCAGUAUAUUGACUUGUCACCCUCGUUCGUCAUAUUCCUGUCCACUCGGGAUCCCACUGUCGAGUUCCCUCCGGACAUCUGCUCCGGAGUUACGUUUGUGAACUUCACUGUGACCCGAAGCUCGCUCCAGUCGCAGUGCUUGAACCAAGUGCUGAAGGCGGAGCGCCCAGACAUCGAUGAGAAGCGCUCCGAUCUUCUGAAGCUGCAGGGCGAGUUCCGUUUGCGACUCCGCCAGCUGGAGAAGAGCCUGCUGCAGGCGCUGAACGACGCCAAGGGCAAGAUCCUGGACGACGACUCGGUGUUUACCACCCUGGAGACCCUCAAGAAGGAGGCCUACGACAUCAACCAGAUGGUGGACGAGACCGACAAGGUCAUAGCUGAGAUUGAGACGGUGUCCCAGCAGUACCUUCCCCUCUCGGUGGCGUGCAGCAAUAUUUACUUCACCAUGGACAGCCUUAACCAGGUGCACUUUCUGUACCAGUACUCGCUAAAGAUGUUCCUCGACAUAUUCUCGACCGUGCUGUACAACAAUCCGAGGUUGGAGGGCAAGUCGGACCACUCGGAGCGUCUGGGCAUCGUGACCAAGGAUCUGUUCCAGGUCUGCUACCAAAGAGUGGCCCGUGGAAUGCUCCACAACGACCGCCUGACCUUCGCUCUGCUCAUGUGCAAGAUCCAUUUGAAGGGCACCUCGGAGUCCAACCUGGAUGCCGAGUUCAAUUUCUUCCUGCGCAGCCGCGAAGGAUUGCUGGCCAAUCCCACGCCCGUGGAGGGCCUAUCUGGCGAGCAGGUGGAGGGAGUCAACCGCCUGGCCACCCGGCUGCCCAUCUUCCGAAAGCUGCUAGAGAAAGUGCGCGCCAUGCCGGAGCUGGGUGCCUGGCUGCAGCAGAGCUCUCCGGAGCAGGUGGUGCCGCAGUUGUGGGACGAGUCCAAGGCCCUCAGCCCGAUAGUCAGCUCCGUUCAUCAGCUGCUGCUGAUCCAGGUCUUCCGGCCGGACCGCGUCAUCGCCGCCGCUCACAAUGUGGUGAACACGGUUCUGGGCGAGGAUUUCAUGCCCAACGCCGAGCAGGAACUUGACUUUGCCAACGUGGUGGACAAGCAGUUGAACUGCAACACCCCGGCCCUGCUGUGCUCCGUGCCUGGAUUCGAUGCCUCUGGACGCGUGGAUGACUUGGCUGCGGAGCAGAACAAGCAGAUAUCCAGCAUCGCCAUCGGAUCCGCCGAGGGCUUCAACCAGGCCGAACGGGCCAUCAACAUGGCCUGCAAGAGCGGUCGCUGGGUCCUGCUGAAGAACGCUCACUUGGCGCCGCAAUGGCUGGUCCAACUGGAGAAGAAGAUGCAUUCCUUGCAGCCGCACUCCGGCUUCCGGCUCUUCCUCACUAUGGAAAUAAACCCGAAGGUGCCAGUCAACCUUCUCCGUGCAGGCCGCAUCUUUGUGUUCGAACCUCCACCGGGUAUUCGGGCCAACCUUUUGCGCACCUUCUCCACUGUUCCGGCUGCCAGGAUGAUGAAGGCUCCUAGCGAGCGGGCACGCCUGUACUUCCUGUUGGCCUGGUUCCAUGCCAUCGUCUAGGAGCGCCUUCGCUACGUGCCCCUGGGUUGGGCCAAGAAGUACGAGUUUAACGAGUCGGAUCUCCGUGUCGCUUGCGAUACGUUGGACACCUGGAUCGACACCACAGCCAUGGGUCGUACCAACCUCCCGCCGGAGAAGGUGCCAUGGGAUGCUCUGUUCACGCUUCUGUCCCAGUCCAUUUAUGGAGGCAAGAUCGACAACGACUUCGAUCAGCGGCUGCUGACCUCCUUCCUGAAGAAACUCUUCACCGCCCGCAGCUUCGAGGCAGACUUUGCCUUGGUGGCCAAUGUAGAUGGAUCCUCCGGUGGCCUCCGGCACAUCACUAUGCCAGACGGAACUCGCCGCGAUCACUUCCUGAAGUGGAUUGAGAACCUCACAGAUCGCCAGACGCCUUCGUGGCUGGGACUGCCGAACAACGCCGAAAAGGUUCUGCUCACGACCAGGGGAACCGAUCUGGUCAGCAAGCUGCUGAAGAUGCAGCAGCUGGAGGACGACGAUGAGCUGGCAUACAGCGUGGAGGAUCAGUCGGAGCAGUCGGCCUCUGCAGUGGCAAGAAGCGAGGACGGACGUCCGUCCUGGAUGAAGACGCUGCACAACUCGGCCACCGCCUGGCUGGAACUGCUCCCGAAGAGCCUGCAGGUGCUGAAGCGCACAGUGGAGAACAUCAAGGACCCACUGUACCGCUACUUCGAACGCGAGGUGACCAGCGGCGCCCGGCUGCUGCAGACGGUGAUCCUAGAUCUCCAGGAUGUGGUCUUGAUCUGCCAGGGCGAGAAGAAGCAGACCAACCACCACCGCUCCAUGCUCUCCGAGCUGGUGCGCGGCAUCAUCCCGAAGGGCUGGAAGCGAUACACUGUUCCUGCUGGCUGCACGGUGAUCCAGUGGAUCACGGACUUCAGCAACCGGGUGCAGCAGCUGCAGAAGGUGUCGCAGCUGGUCUCGCAGGCGGGAGCCAAGGAGCUGCAGGGCUUCCCCGUUUGGUUGGGUGGUCUGCUCAACCCGGAGGCCUACAUAACGGCCACCAGGCAGUGCGUGGCCCAGGCGAACAGCUGGUCGCUCGAGGAGCUGGCCCUGGAAGUAACCAUCACGGAUGCUGGUCUGAAGACCGAUCAGAAGGAUUGUUGCUUCGGCGUAACCGGGUUGAAGCUCCAGGGCGCUCAAUGCAAGAACAACGAGCUACUGCUCGCCUCCACCAUUAUGAUGGACCUGUCCCUUACCAUCCUCAAGUGGGUCAAGAUCUCCUCGGAGACUCGUAUCAGCAAGCUCACGUUGCCCGUCUACUUGAACUCCACCCAAACAGAGCUUCUCUUCACCGUGGACUUGGCGGUGGCUGCCGGACAGGAUUCGCACAGUUUCUAUGAGCGUGGCGUCGCCGUUUUGACUUCCACCGCCUUGAAUUAAGUGCCCGGCUAGGGCAUUCGCGAAUAUUUGGGAUUCAACAUCCGUAUAUCCACUAUAUCCCAACAAUAUACUCAGUAUCCACUUUUGCAUUAAAAAUAUUGUAAUCCAUAUUAAAGAAAUGUCUGCAUUACACAAAA